CAGAGAGGAGAGAAGCCUUGUCACCUUGUUCACACUCGACAGUCCACAGAGAUCAAAAGGAGAGCUUCAUCAGGCAGGGGCUCUGCCCACCUUCCUGCCCUUGCCUUGCAAGCUGCAACAGCAAGAAGAAGAUAGUAGAGAGGAAGAAUGGCGGUCUCUGUCCCCCUCCGUAGCUGCUGCCCUCUGCAUUCCACAAUCUAAUCUGCUGCACUAACCUGGGGACUGGACGGGUGCUGGAGGGAAGCGACGAGGGCGCCGCUGCUGGCUUCUGCAGUCUGAGCGAGUGGUCACGAGAGCCGCUGGGCUGGAUCGAAAGAAGAGGAAAGGAAUCGAAUCCCGUCAGGAGGUAGGGGGGCUGAUGGCUAUGGUGGAGUCAGAGGAGCAGGAGAGCUGCCGCCCGCCCACGUGCCCGCCUUGGCUGCAAGCGGCCAUCGCAGACAUCGAGCAGCGGGUGCGCGCGCUGUGCGGGGACGACGCCGCCCCCGAGCACUCCUUCGCCGACCGCGCCGAGAACUACUACCACAAGCGGCCGCAGCUGCUGGCGCUCCUCACCGACCUCCACCACCGCUACCUCUGCCUCGCCGACCGCUACGCCCAGUCCCUCCACCACGCCAAGCACAAGCACAAGCAGGCCGCCGCCGUCUCCGACUGCUGCUGCUCCUCCUCCGACGUCGACUCCGACGCCGACAGCUCGCUCUCCUUCCAGCACACUGUCAACGAUGGGCCGGGUGGUGACGUUGAGGUGAUCGUGGCGGAGCUGGUGCUGGCGUGGGCCGAAAAAGACAUCCUGGCGGACGAGGCGGAGCGGCGGCGCGCGGAGGCGGCGCGCAAGAUCGAGCUGCAGGGGAGCCUGGUGGAGGUGCUGGAGUCGGAGCGGCUGGUGCUGCUGGGCGAGAACGCGCGCCUGGGGUUCCGCGCGUCGGCGGCCGAGGAGGAGGCCGCGGCGUCGGCGGCCGAGCUGGGCUACACGCGCCGGCGCGCCGCGGAGAUGGCGCGGCUGGUGGUGAAGCUGCGGGAGGACCACCGCGUGUGCAUGCUGGGCCGCAAGAUCGAGGCGCUGCAGGCGCAGGUCUACGGGCUGGAGCUCCGCAACCGGGAGUGCUACGAGGCCAUGGCCAAGUGGGAGGCCGAGCGCAAGGCGGGCGCCGCCGAGAUCCAGAGGCUGCGCGCCGAGAACCGGCGCCUGACCGAGGAGGCCGCGGUGACAGCGCGGCGGAAGGGGAAAGGCGGCGGGUGGUGGUGGUCGAGGGUGCGGAUGGCGGCGGAGUGGACGCCAUGCGCCCCGGCGGCGGUGAGGACGGUCGGGCAGCAGAUGAAGGGGAAGGACGACGACAAGUACUACGCCGGCGGGUGCUUCUGCAUCUAGAAGGAAGCGGGGCGACGGGGGGAGAGAGAUGUUCAAGUACUUCCAUCGUAUCAUCCCGAUCCAGUCCUGGGAGAUUGGAGGACCUAAUAACACUGAUGGUAGCGGUUUGUGAAGCGAGUAAUUAAUUAAUUAUAUAUAAUGACGUGUUAGUAGUAAUAUGUCCUUGCAUUUGAUC